AUGAGGAGUAGGAUGAGUUCAUAUGUUGCUGGGUUAUCUCGUCAGUCAAGCAAGGAAGGCAAGGCAGCUAUGCUGAUAGGGGAUAUUGACCUAGCAAGAUUCAUGAUUCAUUUACAACAAGUUGGGGAGGAUAAGUUGAAGGAUAGAGAAGAGUCUAAGGAUAAAAGGGCUAAGAUAGUAGGGGACGAGUUCAGGCAGCAAAAGAAUGAUGCUAAUCAGUCAUCCAUCCUACAAAAACAGAAGAGACCUGUUCCGCCAUCUGCUAGUGUGCCUGCACUUGAGAACAAAGAUGGGCACAAAAGAAAUUCCUAUAAUUUCAGGGCUAGACCUGCCUAUCUUCAAGGAAGUAUAGUACUAAGGGGUAGUAAGGCUCCUUCAUGUGCUAGGUGUGGUAGAACUCACCCAGGGAAGUGUCGUCAGGGCCAGACAGGUUGCUUUAAGUGUGGACAAGAGGGACACGUCAUAAAGGAGUGCCCUAAGAGCAGGCAAGGUAGUGGAAAUCUGAGCAGUAAGGCCCAAUCUUCUUCAGUUGUCCCACCAGACAGGAUGACACCUAGAGGAGCUACUUCUAGUACUGGUGGAGGGGCAAACCUCUUCUACGUAAUCAACAGUCGCCAAGAGCAAAAGGAUUUGCCAGAUAUUGUCACUGACAGAAAUAGGCUCACCCAAACCUCUCAGCUCGUUGGUGAUAGAGGUGAAUCUUGA